AAUUUUAGCGUACUUUCUUGUCUUCCAUUGCAACUAAGAAGGCGGUGCGCUCAAUUUCCCGCGAUGCAGCGAUACAUGGACCAAAUUCAAUGCGAUUGCGAUGAAAUUCCAGCUUCUCUGAUCGCAGCGUAGGCCACGUUUAGAUUCAAUGGCGGGACAAAUCCUAGCCUCAACUUCACUCCCUUUCCAACCCGCCAACAACCACCACGUUCGCUACUUUUGAAGAAUCACCCACCGAACUUUUUGAUGCGCAUUGCCUUCUAAUUGCUCACAGGGGUGUAUAAAUUCCCUGGGUAAUUCUUCAUCUUUAUCAAUUUUGUUCUGCGGAAAUGGCUGACAAGGAGAUUUCGUUCCGCGGGAAAGAGGGUUGUGAAGAUGUAGAUGAGAAGAGUUCUACCGGCAUCAAGGUACAAGCGAUGCAAUUUGCUUACGAAAUUGAUUCGCCUCUUUUCGUGGAGUUUAAUCUCGAGAUUGGCUCUGGAUCUCGUUGUCUUCUCGUUGGCGCUAAUGGAUCUGGGAAGACUACUUUGCUGAAAAUUUUGGCUGGAAAACAUAUGGUUGGAGGAAGAGAUGUGGUUCGGGUUCUAAAUAGUUCAGCUUUUCAUGACACUCACCUCGUAUGUAGUGGUGAUUUAGCCUACUUGGGAGGAUCUUGGAGUAAAACCGUUAGCUCUGCAGGCGAGGUUGCAUUACAGGGAGACUUUUCUGCUGAACAUAUGAUAUUUGGAGUCGAAGGAACGGAUCCUGAAAGGAGAGAUAGGUUGAUUGACCUCCUUGAUAUAGAUCUCCAGUGGCGAAUGCAUAAGGUAUCUGAUGGGCAACGUCGUCGGGUGCAAAUCUGCAUGGGCCUCUUACAUCCUUUCAAGGUUCUCUUGCUAGAUGAGGUCACAGUUGACCUUGAUGUCGUUGCGAGGAUGGACCUCCUGGACUUCCUAAAGGAAGAGUGCGAUCAGAGAGGAGCUACAAUUGUAUAUGCAACUCACAUAUUUGAUGGACUGGAGACAUGGGCAACUCAUCUGGCAUAUAUUCAAGAUGGCGAGCUAAGAAAGUCAGAGAAGCUGUCUGAAGUUGAUGAGUUGAAGCAUUGUGCCAAUUUGCUUUCUGUGGUUGAAAAUUGGCUGCGUGCUGAAACCAAACUCGAGAAGAAGAAGAAGAAGAAGAACCCAAUUCUCCCUCCAUCCAACACGCAGAAGAACGUUUCUCCUUUUGGUUCGUCUCCUUUCUCGUCUUCCAGACAUAUGGCUUAUUAUCGCUAGCUUUGGUAGAAUUAUUUUGGGCAUAGGAUAUAAGAAGAUUGUUUCAGUUAAAUGUGAGUUAUAGUGAUAAAAGUAGAGAGAAAUGGGGUUCACAAGUUUAGUAUCCGGAGUGAGGUUUCUUUUUUUGCCUUUUGAAAGUUUCUGAACUUCCUUUAUCAACAAUUUGAUUCGUGCUUUGGCGUGGAAUUGACAAGCUAUGAAUUAUUUCUUACUUAUGCCAAAA